GCCACGAGGAAAAUAGCGUGACCAGAAUCAUUCUGUUACUCUCCCUGACGAUCGGCAGUUCGGCUUCGGCACACAGUUUCUUACGGUUGAAAGCAUCAAAUCAUCAUCAGUUUCCUAUUGCCCAGGCACCGGAUACUGGUUUACUGGAUAGGCUAACCUCUGAUCCAGAAACGGCGAGCACGCUCUGCCGCUCGACCGAUCGUCCGCAACGUGAUCCACACACACAAUAAACUGCUCGGAUAAAUCCAGCAUGGUGCUCUGGGAAGCUGCACAUGCCCGUGGCCUGGCCUCCGGCGCACCGAUCGGGAUGGAGGAAACGGAACAGAAUCGCCCACCCGGAGGUAGAGCAAGAAGAAAGGAGGAGCUGAUCCGGCACGCGGCCCGACCCGGCCACCGAGCUCGCCGUAUGCGGAUGCGGCGGCUUGGCUUUCUCUGCUCCUUCCAUGAACGGCCGAGGAUGGGGAUGAAUCUGGUAAGGGUGAGACCGAGACCUACCCCUUCCGAUGCCGCUGUUGCCGGGGGACCAGCGACGCCGCCGAACAGAGAGAGCACGGCCAGCGCUGCUGCCGGUGACCACGAGUCCGCGCCAUCCUUGACAUUCCCUGCCCCUCCUCCCGGUCCACGCUCGCGGCUGAAACCCGGUGGAUGACGACGGGGAUGCAGCAUGCCUGACAGCCAUCACAUGCCCGCGCCCACAAUGAUCAAACAAGCCCACAUGGCUUGUUCACCGGUGUUGUGCAUUGCGGUGCUGGUACAGGGCCAGCCACGACCCCCCUCGCACUGCACGGACGACACAUCCAUUCUCUCUCUCUCUCUCUCUCUCUCUCUCUCUCUCUCAUAAAUUCACGGCGCCUCUUCUCUCUCCCUCCUCGUGACAUAGCUGAUGAGCUGCCCACGAGAAACAUUCCUCUCAACUCUGAGUCAGUCCACCCAUAGACCAUGCUCCAGAGAGAGAGAGAGAGAGAAACAAAACAGAAAGAGAGAGCUCUGUAGUCUGCACGCGCUUUCUCUUCGGGCUGCGAAGUUCUUGCUGCUCUGGCACAGAUAAACCUCAGCCGCCAAUGGCACAGAGUCCAAGGUGAUCGAUACCUCAGCUUCCGAAGGAGCUUCCUUGCACCAGCGGUGGGCUGUUUGAGGAAGAGCUACUCGGAAAUGCCGGCUAGAAUGGCGGAGUUCUCCCAGGAGGUGAAGAAAGACUUUGACCGGCAGAUGGGGUGCAUGGCCGGCAUGUUCCAGAUCUUCGACCGUCGCCGCCUUCUCACUGGCCGACAACGUGGCGGCAGCCCUGGGACCGGGAACGAACUGCCUUCAGGCCAUGAUCUUCCAGGCAGCAGCAUUUAUGCCCCGGUGUAUAAUUCAGCUCAUCCAAACACCACUCCGGAGAAAUCGUUCAGCAAAAGUACGACGGAGAACAGUAUCCUCUCAAUGGAAUCAUCGAGGGUAUCUUCAUCUUCGUCAUCCUGCUCUUCAUUAUCAUCCCUGGACGGCAGCAAACCAGUACAGCAGGAGCUCCCUUACAUCAACGAGGAGCUUGUUGAGGGAAGGACAGUGAGGAACUCACGAAGCUUAAAGUCCUCCAAUAAAGUGGUUAAAUCUAAACAGAGAAAUACUGAUUUUAGAGAUGUCGUAAAGGACUCAAUAAGCCGGGACUCUGGCGUCCUAACCAUCAAGACCACAACGAUGGCGCAGAGAAAUGGAUUGCACAAAGACUCACCAAGGCCGCUGCUGAUAUCCAAAUCAACAGAUGGAACUUACGUGAUUGCGAUCGAUAGGAGCAGUGGGCUUCCAGCAUAUGUUGGUGAACCUAGCAGGCAGCCACGUUUCUCAUGUGAUGAUCGACAGAUGCUGCAGCAGGCAGAAGCUCAAGAUAGCCAGAUGCCUUCAUCAAAGCUCAGGGAGCUUCCUAGGUUGUCCUUGGACAGUACGAAAGAGUCUGUCAGGCCAAGUUCGCAUCUGAAUGACUUUGGUUAUGCAAAAGCCGAUGACAGCCUCAUUGAUAAUUUGAAGAGCCAAGCAUCCCCGGGCCAUCGACGGGCAAGCAGUGUCAUUGCCAAACUCAUGGGGUUGGAAGAGACUCUAGAUAGCUCUGGGCCUGCAAGAUCACACAGACAAGCACAUGACAUUCAAAAUGGUCACCCGUCACAAAUCCCCAGGAGUAUCUGCCCUGAUUCCAGUGUAUCACAGCCGAUGGUUCAGCCUCCUAUACUGAAAACCUGUGAAGUCAGAUUUGUCCCUGAAGCUGCCCCUUUGAAGCAGCGGGAGAGAGGUAUAACAAGAUACAAUGAUGAAGCAAGGCCAAGAUCUGCAUCCACCUAUAAUGACAUGGAGAGAAGGCUCAGGCAUCUCGCAUUAUCUGAAUGCAAUAAGGACUUGAGGGCUCUCAGGAUACUUGGCAAUUUGCACGCAAAGCACACACCAUUCGAGAGAGAUUACAAUGCCAGAUUAUUGCCCAUUCAGAAGGCAACCGCUGAAGGAAACAACACUACUGCUCAAGAUCUCCAGUCUCCAGUUGUGAUCAUUAAACCGGCAAGAGGAAUCAUGAGACCAAAUGCUUCAGUUGCUUCCCUUGCAGGACCAAAAGUCCACAGAAAGUUGCAGCAUGAAGAGCGUCCUUUCACCAGGAAGAGUGACAACAGUGACAGGAAGAAGACUCAUCCUCACCAUGGAAGAGUUCAUUCUAGGGCAGAGGAAGCUGUUGGCAGCACAAACUCACCAUCGCCUUCUAGAUUGUUGAGCCCAAGACUUGUUCAGAAGAAGUCAGACUGUGGAAGGAUCCCUCGCUUGUCAGUCCCACCAAUGUCUCCAGGCAAGACACCCGAUGAAGUAGUGUCCCCAAGAGUCAGACUAAGGGCAAGGGCUGCACAAGCAAAUAAUAUCUGCCGUGAUGAUAAGAUGUCAAUGAUUCCUGAAAGUAGAAUUAGUUUAUCCAAGCAUGUUGAUAUGGGCAUUAUCGAUUAUCCAAAUCUUAAUGUCAACACAUCAUGCAGCCAUCAAAGCAAUACAGUUUCAAAGUUGAAUAAUGAGGAACCACCACCAAUCCUAUCAUCUAACAAGAAAAACAUCCAUCCACUGGAGAACAUACCAAGUCCUAUAUCAGUCCUUGAUGCCAUGUUCUGUCAAGAUGGGUUGUCACCUUCUUUGAGGAACAUAUCAAAUUCUUUCCAAGAUGUUUCGACACAUACACUGGAUGAGUGCUGGAACCCAGUAAGCCUCCCUGACACACCAAUAUUGAAGAAAAAUUGUGAGGGUGACCAUAAACUACCAGAAAACAUGACAGCCCUUAUCCAAAAGCUUGAGCUCUUGCAAUUGUUGAGUGAUGAGGCUCCAAGCACAAAUGACAAUUUGUUAAUGGACACUGCCAAUAAAGACCGCCAUUACAUUUAUGAGAUACUCUCAGCAUCAGGCCUCCUGCACAGUGAACUAGGCUCCAGGAUGAUGCCCUGUCAGUUCCAGCUGCCAAGCUACCCAAUCAACACCGGGGUUUUCCUUAUCCUUGAGCAAGCAAAACCAGCCGCAGGAAAGCUUCACCGCAAGCUCAUUUUCGAUCUUACAAAUGAGCUCAUUGCUCAGAAAAUACGCAAUGGUGGUUCAGUGAGACAACCACUGCAGUUGUUUCGAUGUAAGAAAUCAAGUGGAUUGCAUCUUUUCAAGGAAUUAUGCUCAGAGAUUGAAAUACUCCAAUCUGAGGCCUCAAUAAUAAGACUCUCUGAAGAGGAAGAGGAAGAGAGCAAGCCGGCAAAGAAUGCAGUAGAUGAAAUGGGAAAAUGGAAGAGUUUUGACAGCGAGCUACAAGGGAUGGUUCUGGACAUUGAAAGAUACAUCUUUAAGAAUCUCAUUGACGAGGUAAUAAAUGGUGAAGCCAUGAGAAAGGUGUAAUUUAGGAAUUGGAUAAAGAGGCAGUUGUCUUUGAGAAUUAUGCAGACUAAACAAGUUAGUUUGUUUUCCUGUUUUCCAUGAAGCUGACCUGAUGGUAAAUGUAAUGUAAUUUUAGCAGCUGUAACAAAUAAGUUGUACAAGUACAUACUACUGAAGAAUAAAGUCUCCUGUACAAAGAA